AUAAUAAAGAGAGGAAGACCAAGAUAUGAGGCCAAGAGAGAGAGAAGCAGAGAUAAGGGAGAAGAAAGGUAAAGAAGCAUCCAUGGAGAAGCGAUGGUCUCUGCAAGGAACUACAGCUCUAGUCACUGGAGGAACUAAAGGAAUAGGACAUGCUAUAGUUGAAGAAUUAGCGCGGCUUGGGGCUUCAGUGCAUACAUGCUCUCGUAAUGAGGCAGAGCUUAACAAUUGUUUGCAGGAGUGGCAGAAGUUAGAUUUUAGCAUCACAGGUUCAGUCUGUGAUGUAUCCUCUCGAGCUGAACGAGAGAAACUAAUGGAGAAGGUCUGUUCCACAUUCAACGGGACUCUCAACAUUCUUAUUAAUAAUGCAGGGACCGGUAGAAGGGAGUCAUUCCUGAAUUAUACAUCGGAAGAUUUCUCUUUUCUCAUGGCUACUAACUUUGAAUCGGCUUUCCAUCUAUGCCAACUUGCCCACCCUCUUCUGAAGGCAUCGGGCAGGGGUAGUAUUGUAAACAUCUCUUCUAUUCUGGGAAAAGUAGCUGUAGAUAGCGCUGCACUUUAUUCAGCAACAAAAGGAGCAAUGAACCAACUAACUAGGAAUUUAGCAUGUGAAUGGGCAAAAGACAAUAUUCGAGCAAAUUGUCUUGCGCCUGGGCACAUUAGAACGCCACUUCUGCAGCCAAUACUGGAGAACGAUGAGGAGUUUAAAUCAGAACAACGUGCGCGAACUCCUAUGGGACGAUUAGGUGAGCCGGAGGAAGUGUCAUCUUUGGUUGCAUUUCUAUGUAUGCCUGCUGCUUCAUAUAUCACUGGUCAGGUUAUCUGUGUCGAUGGAGGUCGCACUGUAAAAGGCUAAGAAAAAAUGAGACCAUGACAGGAACUUCUUGUUGAAUGAAUGUUGCUUGAUUUAUGCUACAGAACUUGAUGUUGCAAUAAGGCUCUAAACUAGAGUAAUUGAUGCACAAUUUGAAUAGCACAUGACUGUUUAAGAGCUAGUGGUAGACCUUUGAAUUUCUCAUCAUCA